AUGGCCUGCCAAGGCUGCCCCAACGUUAUCGAGGUCCUCGGGUACACUUUCCUCGACGGGAAGUUCGGCCUGGUCUUCCCGCUGGCGGAGGCGCCCCCCCUCUGGGCGGAGGCUGGAGGCCCCGUGCAGUACACCCCCCCCGAGCUGCUUCGAGUGACGACAUACUCGUACCAGGUGGCGACCGGGGUAGCCGCGAUGCACCGGGAGGGAGUGGUCCACAGGGACCUGAAGCAUGAGAAUAUCCGGGUGGCGAAGGGGGUCGCUACCUUGAUCGACCUGGGCAUGGCGUGGCGCAUUGACGAGCCGCAGACUGGGGCGCGGCGGCACACCUUCGCGUCGGACGUUUACGCAACCGGGGUCGUCAUUCACGGGCUCAUCACCGGGGAGCGCCCCUGGGCUGACUUCUCCCACACCCGGGACAUGUAUAACCACUACGCUUCGGGCGGCCGCCUGGACUGGCCCCCCGAGGUGUACCUUAUCGGGGGGGACCUGGUGAACCUGGUGGAGGCCUGCUGGGACCCCACCCCGCGUGGCGGCCCUCCGCGGACGACCUCAUGAGGUCGCUCUUGCGGAUAUCGCUCAGAUUGACGGCGGAGUGCCGAACGUGGGUUGGGUAAGGGGACCCGGGAAGCGGGAGGGGCAGAGAAACGGGUAUUUCACAAAUGUCGGGC